AUGGCGCUGUGUGCGACCUUGACGACCGAGCCCCUGGCGGUGCUUCCUGCGGCAGAGGAGCUUUGGCGUGCGCUUCACGCACCUCUUCAACUGAAAUGGGAGGUGCCUUUGGAGGGAGGCUUCCAAGCUGCCUUGGUGGCGACGAUGGCUCAGGGCACUGCUCCGUGGCCCCCUGCCCGGGUGCAAUUGGAGCUUAGUUCGGGCGGCGAGGCAAAGGCCUUGGAAUUGCAGGUUCCCUCCAACGCCUCCGUGACACAAGUGGCUCAGCUCCUGACCGCCAGCUGUACGCUCCAAGGCAAUUUAUUUGGACAAACAGAUACGCCUUCAGAUGGCAUGCUGAAAAAGCAGAAGAAGGAUCCACUCCUUGAAGAUGUUGAUGUGAUUGAUCAAUGCCAGGAGCGCAAGAUCGCGCAACUGCAGAGCCUGGAUCAAUGGCACGAUGGGGUUUGUGGCCAUCAUGCACUCUUCAACUUGCGCUGCCUGCUACGAGAUGAGCUGGAUUCUCUUAGGGAUGAGCAGCGCUUCUGGCAACAGGUCAUCGCGGAUGUCCAGCGCUUGGCCCACUUCGGCGAGCUCUCGGGCUCCUGGCCCCGCAGCCGCGUGGUGUGCGGCGUGGCCGACGAAGUGCACCUCAGGCAUUUGGUGGAACAAGAUGAGGAAUUGACUGGGCGUAUCACACUGGCCUCAACCAUUGAAAGCCUGAAGGAACAGUUAAGAGGCCUGAAGAUCUCUGACGUGCAUGGCUUCUUGCUGGGAGCAGCUACGCACUGGUAUAGUGCUGCUGUGGUGCGUCAGAGCACUGGCGUGCGUAUCUAUUUCUUCGACUCCUACAACGUUCCAGUGGUCAGUUUGCGCUCCAACGAAGACAUCGAAGGCCUUGUGGAGCAGCGGCUUCAUCAAAGCCGUAGCCGUACCAUGGAGUCACUACGCAAGGACCCGCACUGGGCCCACCGCCCCCAAAACCAUCUGGAAGAGGCCGUCGAUGGAGGAGUCGAGGAGUGGUGGAAGGGUGUCCGGAAAGCCUCCAUGUUCUGGCGUCACAAGCCCUUAGAGGUGAAACGUGAGCUGCAGCGCAUGGACCUGCUACUGGUACGGGAUUUCCUCCACUUGUUACUGGCUGAGUACAGCAUCUUGGAAGAUUUUGUGCCCUUGGGUUCCAACCACAUCAGAAAUAUGUGGGCGAGCAUCAACUUGGGCUUUCGCGUCAAGGAGGCGAAGCGACCGGACCCCGGUAAGUUUUGGACCAAGGGCAACUCUUUUGCAGCCCAGAAGCCAUCGCAACAAGCUCAGUGUUCCCAUUUUCCACCGGACAAUUCAUUGGAUUGUCUCUUUGUGAAACUGGGGCUACCAGCUGAGCCCAUCACCAAUGGCUCCAUGGAACGAUCAAAGGUGCCGUGCGCCAAAGCAGGGCCCUCCACGUCGGUGAAUGAGACGUGCCUCACGCGUUCAGAGCUCAAGAUGGAAAUUCAGGACCAGCUGGAGAAGUUUCGUCGGCAGCUCCUUGAGGACUUAAAUGCUCAGCCCGAGCGAAGCGCCGCGUCCGGGCCGUGGAAGGCUCCGGUCUCGUCCCGUUUGGACGUGGAGAGCACCGCCAGGAGCAGCGUGGAUCAUGAUGAGGAGAUGGCGGAAGUCACGAAGAAGGGCUUCAGGAAGAACAUCGAGACGGAGUUCCAGACUGCGAUCGAUGGCAUCAUCAAGAGCCGCAGCCGCUCUUCCCGGUCGGCAGAGUUCGACGAGGAUUUGGGCCGCUCAGGCGGUGGUCCUCGUUUGGGUGCGAGGAGGUCGGAUCCACUCCCAUCCACUCUGGAAGAGGGGGUGCCUUUCGUCGCAAGCCUUUCUGACCAGCCCAGACAGCUUUGUUGUGCUCGAGUCGGAGAGGAAGAGGUGUUGCUGAAAGGAGACACUUGCACCAGCAAGCUGCGGAACUUGGUGGAGUCGGACGCCUUCGGCUACUUCAUCACCAGUCUGGUCAUGGUGAAUGCUGUGAGCAUUGGCAUGGAGACCGACUACGCGGCACGACAUGAUGGGAUUGGUCGCUUGCCUUUCUCUCAUGCAGUGUCCACUCUCUUUUGCUAUGUCUUCACAGUGGAGGUUUCUUUGAGGCCUCCGGUGGACAGCACAGACGAAAACAGGUGGGUGGUUGGCCGAUUUCUGCAUAGUUUGGGAGGCGAGGUCAGAAAUACUUCAGGGUGCAUGUUUGGCGAUUUCAUGGAUUCUUUGCCUGCUUCUGCAUUUCCCACUAUACUCAUUAUACAUCAGUUACUCCUAUUGCAUCCUACUAGUGCCGCUACUACUCCCACUUUGUAAUUGAGGUGCUGCUAUUGCUACGCAUGCACUCUUCUCAUAGGGAAGGGGUGAAGCACUCC